AUGUUAGCAGGAGGCAUGAGAAAGAUGCCAUCCACCACGAGUGACAGGUUUGCUGCCUAUAACAUGAACAUCACACGAGUAAUGCAGAGUACCAGGACAGAGUACCAAAGAGAGAAGUUUGCGAAAGAGAAUCUUCCGUACGUCAAACCACAAGAGCACCCACUGGAUGGCUGUGAUACGUUCCAAUAUGUGCCCAUCACAAGUGUGCUACAGAAUCUGUUCAUGUCGGAGAGUUUUCGCGGACACCUACAGGAGUCCGAGCGCUGCGAGGAAACAACAUCGCUCUGCAGUUUCCGUGAUGGCUUGCUGUUUGAGCGAAAGACAGCGCAAUUAAUUCCGGAAGGGUCACAGUUCACACUGUUCAUAGUUCUAUAUAGUGACGAACUGGAGAUCGUUAACCCACUGGGCUCUAAACGUGGACAGCAUAAGCUUUUUGUUGCCUAUUUCAGUGUCGUUAACAUUCAUCCUCGAUACAGGUCACAGUUGAGCUCAAUUCAUGUGGCUGUUAUUGCAAAGUAUGCCAACGUAAAGAAGCACGGUCUGUCAGCAGUUAUGAAGCUAGUUCUGACAGAUAUAAACCUGCUACGGGACGUAGGAUUCAUUGUCAAGCACUGUAAUACAAGUGUCAAAGUAACAGCCAUGCUUAUUGCGUUUUGUGGUGAUAACCUGUCUAUGAACAACAUGGGGGGUUACACCAGCAGUUUCAGCAGGGGACGGCCAUGCUGGUUUUGUACAGCAUCGGUUGCAGAGUUCGAAAGCAUUUUUGAUGAAGGUGGAGCUGACCAAAGAAACGAAGCCACCCACAAGCAUCAUAUGAGCUCUGUCCUAGAAAACACGUCCGACAGCAGGACCCAUGGAGUCAAGGAGAGGUCGCCACUUCUGGAUGUGAGCUACUUCGAAGUGACGCUCCAACUACCCCCGGAUCUUAUGCAUGACUUACUCGAAGGCACUGUUCCUCAUGUUCUCCAGCUUGUUCUCCAUGGAUUGCUCAGUGAGAAUACCAUAAACUACACAGACUUGGACAGAGUGACUGCUUUUAAUUAUGGACGCUGUGACCGAAAAAGUAAGCCAGAGCCUGUAUCAAGAGCAUAUGUGCAGGGCCAGGCAUCGUACAAAGGCACAGCGGCACAGAAGUGGUGCCUGUUUUCCUUGCUUUCUGUUAGAUUGGGUGACAUAAUUGAAGAAAACGAUGCACACUGGGAGAUAUACCUGAAGCUAAAGAGUGUAGUACAACUGGUGUUCGCUGAGGAGGUUCCAUGUGACCAUGUUGCACACCUUGCAGAUGAGAUCAGAUACUUUUUGACAUCAUUUGCAACAAUGUAUCCAGGGAAAAUUAUUCAAAAAAUGCAUUUCCUGGUUCACUACCCCAGGUUGAUCAGCGAACUUGGACCUCUCAAGCAGUACUGCUGUAUGCGCUUUGAGGCCAAACACCAGUACAUCAAACCCAUGGCAAUCCGAAAUAAAAAUUUUAAGAACAUAUGUAGGUCUGUUACAGCACGACACCAGUUGCUGCAAAGCUUUGAUGUGGCGACACUUGAUUAUGAUACAGCCUUAGAGACCACAAAGUCGAAACUCGUACACGACACACAUCUGCCCGAGUGCGCCAGAGACAGACUUGCAGGUGGGGUGCCAAUUUGGGAAAUUGAAUCAGCAAAGAUAGACCAUUGCAAAUACAGGACAAAGGAUAUUAUUGUGUUGGCAAAAGGUGAUCCGACACGUUUUGGUCAAAUUUCAAUGCUGUUAGUGUGCAGUGGUUCACUCUUCAUAGUGGUAAGGGAGCUUGAGACAGUUGCUUUUAACCGGCACCUCCGGGCCUACACAUGCCAAAACCAGGCAUAA